GGAGCGGCUGGUUGUUUAACUGGAACUGCAGCUUAUGCGUUGACAUGCGGUUGGCAAACUAAUUUUACUCAGCCAAAUUUGAGCCAAAUUUAACAUUUUCUUUUGAUUUUUAUCGACUCUGUUGUUUGUUUUGAGGUGUUGAAUUGUGAAGGUGUGUUAUUCUGAUCGGAGCAGGUUUUAUAGGUUUACUCACAUAUAAAGCUGAGUGUUAAGGCAAUAGUGUGCUACACAGAUGCGGACUGUGAAGUGUGUGACCGUCGGGGACAUGGCUGCAGGAAAAACACAACUUCUGAUUAGCUACAUCACCACUGCUUUUUCCAGUGAGUAUGACCACACUUCGGUUGAUAUCCAUCGUGUCCCUGUGACGGUCGAUGGGGAACCAGUGACCCUGGAACUGUUGGACACAACAGGGAUGGAGGAAUACAAUGUGAUUCGACCGCUUUACUACCUUCGGCAGGACGUGUUCUUGAUGUGUUUCUCUCUUGUGGAUCCAGCAUCGUUUGAGAACGUCAGUGAAAGGUGGUGUCCAGAGGUCAGUCAUCAUUGCCCCAACACUCCAGUAAUUCUUGUUGGGACUGAGCUUGAUCUGAGAGAUGACAAGGACACAGUUGAGCAGCUGAACAAGAAUAAACAAACCCCCAUCAUUUACCAUCAAGGCCUGGCUAUGGCUGAAAGAAUAGGAGCUGUGAAAUACCUGGAGUGUUCAGCAUUAACAAAAAUGGGCCUUAAUGCGGUGUUUGAAGAAGCAGCCCGGGCGGCCCUGGCCCCGUCCCCAGAGAAGAAAAGAAAAAGAAAGUGUUUAAUGUCCUGAACUGACUGAACACACGGCAUCAGCUGUAAUAUGAGCUCAGCUGAGAGGAGAAAACAAUGAGUGGCUGCUACGAGCUACACUGAUUACCCUUACAGAGCAAAAAUAUAUGGGAAUAUACUGCAAUAUAUUGUGAUACAUUACAUAAUACAUUUCCAUAUACAGUAUGGGAAACUAGUGCUUAUAUCUGUCAGUAUACUGCAAUAUAUGCAUUGACCGUGUAUGGCUAUAUAUUGAUAUUUGCAGAUAUAUUACUAAUAGACCAUAAACAUCUUUUUAUGGAGUUCUGAAUUGAUUCACUGAAACAGUCUGAAGUGAUUCAGAGAAAUCACUUAAACUCACCAAGUCGAACAUCUUUUUUUGUUGUUGUGGCACUUUUCACCUUUUUCAUGUUUAAAUCAGAGACAAUAUUAAAUGAGCCACAAAACAAGGAACAAUCAUGCAGUUUGUGUAAUGACAAGGUUUUUAAGAAACGUACUGGUCAAAUAGUAAAUGGGUCAUUAACUUUAAAACUGUUAAAAAACAUAAUGAAGUUUUAUUAAGUGUUAACAAUGAGAUUAUGUGGUUUUUAUAAUCAAUUAACACUGCAAAGUCAUUCGGUUUAACCAAAAUUUCAGUUUUACCGA